UCAGCUGAAAACGAUUUGUGUGUGGAACUAGAAAGCAUUACCAAUAUGAAAUCCUUUGUCACUAUUCUAUCCUUAGCCCUAUUUGCCGGCUGUUUAGCCGUUACUGAGGAGGAAAAGGCAGCGGCUCGUCAAUUAGCUGGUAAAUGUAUGCAAGAAACAGGAACCUCCGAAGAAUCCGUCCAGCGUCUUCGCAAUGGGGAUACCACGAAUGUGGAUGACAAUUCCAAAUGCUUUUUGCAAUGCUUCUUCAGCGGUGCAGGCUUCGUUGAUGGUGACGGAAACGUUCAAGAGGAUCAUGUAGUAGACAAACUCGCCACUCAGUACGACCGAUCCAAGGCCGAGGAGAUUGUGCAGAAAUGUAAAAACAAUGCUGGUUCGAAUCCCUGCGAGCGGUCAUUCAGCCUUUACGAAUGUUACGUUGCUAAUAGAGCUAGUCUGAUGUAAGCAGAACCGUGUACAUGACCCUGGAAAUGGACUGCAUAAUCGCAACAGAACAGCAAAAUCUAAGUGAAACUCUUCCAUUUAUUAUGUAGAAAACAGUUCCUAAUAAAAACUAUCAUCAUU